AUUUUGCUCGGCAUCAGCCAUCAAAGCGUGGGCGUGGAGUCGUGAAAGUUCUGUAUUUUGCUGUCUUUAAACACCUUCAGUCAUUCAUGUUUCAAUUUUUUCCACUAAAUUUCGGGGAAGAAUAAAAAAUAAAUACUCCUUGUAAGAAAAUCCUCCUUCUUACCCGGGAUUGAAGAAACUGCGGCAUCUUAAUCCAAUAUUCCAAGGCUAGGGCUCUGAAUAUAGUAGUACCUGUAUAACUCUAUUCAAAUACAUACAUAGAUAAUUAGAGCUAGAGGGAGGAGAUGGGGCAGGCAUUUCGUCGAGCAGCCGGAAGGAUUGGAAGUUCAAGAGUCGAAACACCAUCUUCGCAGCUGAAGAAACCCAUUGAGAGACCGCCGCUGCCUUCACCGGAAAUUAUUUCUGGCAAAGAUGUCGUCCUUGGAGCUGAAAACACUCCAAAAGCUAAUCCCAAGAAUAUUCUUGAAGAACGAGAUCCACAGUUUGAUGUGAUGCUUAGUCAAAUGGUCGGUAGAAUUCAUGCCAAGCCUGGAGGGAAAUCUGAAAUGGGUGAGGCUUCAAUAGUGGGAAAGUACGAACGGCCAUUGCCGAAACUACGGAAUACAACAACGGAGUCUAGCAGAUAUGAGGGACGGCCGACGCCUCCAGGAACGUUAAAUGUAGCACAGUUAAGACAAAUCAUAAUGUUGUAUCAAGGAAAGGCAAAUGAUGAGCAUGAAGGGCCUAUGGAUGUCAACCAAAUAGCUGAAAAGUUUCGAAUAGAUGUUUCUCAAGUCCAAAGGAUAGUUCAAUUUGUAUCACUGCCUCCGGAGGACACCACACAGCAGAAAAAUCUCUGAUUUACUUUUGCAUAAAGAAGUCCACUCACUGUUUGCGAUCAGAGAAUAAUAUACUCCCUCCGGUCCUUAAUGAAGUUUACACUUUGACUUCACACAUAUUAAGGAAAUAAAUUUGACUUUACUGUUUAGCUCUGUUUGGCACUGUUUUGCACUGUUUUGUGUAGAUUUGUUUGCCAAAUAAGGCAAAUAAGGAAGUGUAAAGUUUAAUAUGGGAUAGUCCGAAAAGGAAAGUGUAAAGUUAAUUAAGGAUCGGAGGGAAUAUUCUUUUCUAGAUCUUGAAGCUUUUAGAGUUUUAGUGUAUCUGAAUGAUGACGUUCUUUUACAUGUGAGUCUUUUCCUUAUGGAUUGUAUCUCUAUAGCAUCUCUGUAGCUAACUUUCUUACAAAUCCACAUUUUUUAACUGAACCUUACCGAGUACUUGCCAGGCUCAAUAAGAUCUCCAUUUUUCAUAUCAGUUUGCC